AUGGACUCGCAUGAAUUCAAAGAGAAUUAUUAUGAUGCAAAUGUAAUGAAAAGAAGAAGAGUGUAGGAUAAAGUAAUGGUGGCUCCAAUCAUGGAAGUCUUUAUGGAUAUUUGUAAAAAGCUGGAUUAUACAUCAAAGGAAUAUUUAUAGAUGGUGAUACCAAUAAAUGAAUCAAGAGAGGGACUUUAAAAUACUGAUUAAAUUAUCAUAUUGAAUUAUUUAAAAUAGAUAGCUAUUUAUUUGAUAAAAUCGAAAUUAGAAUUAGAGGAUAAAUUGUGUUCUCUUGGAGAUAUCAAGUAGUUUGAAAUUGAGUUAUAGAAGAUGGAAGCAGAUAUAAGAUAACAUAUACGAGUGCAAUAAUAACUCUAAAUUUUACUAGAAUAAGCUUAAUAAAAGCUAGAUGAAUUUGAAUCUGAAAAACUUAAAUCCGAAUAGUUUAUAACUGAAUUAAAAAAAAGUCUUGACAUUAAGGAUAGGGAAUUGAUGACAAUUAAGAACGAACUCUACGAUACUAAACAAAAGGGAAAUCAAAAGGCUCCUUUCUAGCCAACGAAAACAGAGCCUAUCCAAUCUUCUAUGGACCAAUUAGAUAAUUUAUAACUGUUCACUUUGGUAGAGAAUUCUCCGAACAAAAAUAAUUUUAAUUAAGAAUCAGCAGUUAAGCAAAGAACCACAAAAACCUAAGGGAGAUAACACUCCUUCAUUGAGUAAGUGUUGUUCCAUAAUGAAAGAAUCAUAAAAUCAAGAUUCCCCAGAGAAAAUAUCACGGAAAUAUUCACAGCCUAAUUAUAUGGAGAUCAAUGCGCUGAGAUAGUUAAUCAAAAAACCUUGGUAUAGCUAUUGAUUGAUUUUUAAAGUCCUUUGAAUUAAAGAAAUGAACCUUAGACUUUUAGAAGCAUUAGUUAAGAGACUUCGCAUAUGCCUAAAAAAUGCUGA